CGUAAAGUUAAUUCUACUACUACAUUUGAGCAAAUAACGAGUUCGUGAUAAAUCACCACCCAACAAUUCCGGGUGUUUUUUCAAUUUCCCUCCCAGCUUGGAGAGAGGAAUAAAUCACGUGCUGCGCAGGCGCCCUCCGGCGGGCGAGCCGGGUCAGGAAUCGUCUCCGAAUCAGCCAAUCAGAAACUCGAAACGAGCGCGAGCGCCCUCCCCCCCCGUCCCCCCGCACCCUCUUAAUUCCCUUUACGUUUCUUCCCCUCCGAUCCAUGCCUGGCUUUGCCUCCUCCUCCUCUUCUUUAAGUCCCGCCCACUCCGUUCGUGGGCUCCCUCGCGACGGCAAGUUCGCUUGGGGAUUCGCUAAGAAGGCGCUGUUGCCAAGGUGACGAGUCGGUGCCGAGCCCGGCCUCGCUGGUGCCGUGGGAGCUGCCGACGGUUCGGAGGGUGGGAUGAGGCAGCUAAGGAAAGGAGGCUCCGGAGGAGGAGGAGGAGGAGGAGGCCCUGGACCCUCCCUGGGCGGCCAAGAGUUCAGCAGAAAAUAUCUGUGAUAAUGAUGACAAAGUUGCCCAAGGACUGUCCUGGAAUAACAGUUGGAAUAUGGGUGCCCUGGGGUUUAGUUGAUAAGCUAAUGAUACACUUCUGCUGACAAUAUGAUUGUUCUUUUGUAAGAGAUGUCUCUAGUCCUUUAGAGUCAUCUGCACUCAGUGGAUUUUAUUUUGAUCCAUGUAAGGAUGGCAGCUUUUCUCCAUUUGCUACUAUAUUAUUUCUGGAUAGAGUGGUUAUAAUAUUGAAAGAAGACUGAUGACUUAUGAUGACUACUAUGACAGGUUACUUACUCAUAUAACAGCACCAUUCUGAAAAAGAAACACUUAAGAUUUUUGAGCAUUUGGCUACCUUACUUUUUACAAAAUGAACCGUUAUACAACUCUGAAGCAACUUGGGGACGGAACCUAUGGCAGUGUUCUGAUGGGGAAGAGCAAUGAAUCCGGGGAGCUGGUGGCCAUUAAAAGAAUGAAAAGGAAAUUCUAUUCUUGGGAUGAAUGUAUGAAUCUGAGGGAAGUUAAGUCUCUGAAAAAACUUAAUCAUGCCAAUGUAAUAAAGCUGAAAGAAGUUAUUCGAGAAAAUGACCAUCUGUAUUUUGUGUUUGAAUAUAUGAAGGAAAAUCUGUAUCAGCUAAUGAGAGACAGAAAUAAACUGUUUCCGGAGUCUGUCAUCAGGAACAUUAUGUAUCAAAUAUUACAAGGGUUAGCUUUUAUCCAUAAACAUGGAUUUUUUCAUCGAGAUAUGAAACCUGAAAACCUUCUUUGUAUGGGUCCAGAACUUGUUAAAAUUGCUGAUUUUGGAUUGGCUAGAGAACUAAGAUCUCAGCCUCCAUACACAGAUUAUGUUUCUACCAGAUGGUAUCGCGCACCCGAAGUUUUAUUGAGAUCUUCUAUUUAUAGUUCCCCUAUUGACAUUUGGGCUGUUGGUAGCAUAAUGGCUGAACUAUAUACACUCAGACCACUUUUUCCAGGAACAAGUGAAGUUGAUGAAAUUUUCAAAAUUUGUCAGGUGUUAGGAACUCCAAAGAAGAGCGAUUGGCCAGAAGGUUACCAGCUUGCUGCUGCAAUGAAUUUUCGAUUCCCUCAGUGUGUUUCAAUAAAUCUAAAGACUCUCAUUCCAAAUGCCAGCAGUGAGGCAUUGUUUCUCAUGAAUGAAAUGUUGAAUUGGGAUCCAAAGAAACGACCAACAGCAAGUCAGGCAUUGAAAUUUCCUUACUUUCUGGUGGGCCAGAUUUUAGGACCACCUCCACAAUGCAUGAAUCAGAAACCACCAUAUUCCAAGUUAACAGAACGAAAACCAUCUCUGUCCAAACUUGAACAUAUAUCAAAAUUAGAAGCUGUAUCUGUGCCAGAAUCUCAGUCUUCGCUAGAUGUAACUGAUAAGCUACAGUGUCUAUCCAAGAAUAACCAACAACCCCUCCAGUCAAUCCAGCUGCCUCAGAAUGCAGUGAGUCAGCAACCAUCAGUACAGCAACAGCCUCAGUCAUUCCUUCCAGCCAUCAGUAAAAACUCAAUAUCAAAACACAUAGCCAUAGGACCCUCAAAUGGUACAAUGGGUAUGAAAAACAAUCGACGCCGUUGGGGUCAAACUAUGUUAAAGACAAUGGAUAGUUGGGAUGAUUUUGAUGAUACAGAAUUUGGAAUUUCUUACUUUAAGAAGCCUAGCAUUGUGGUGUUAAAUGAAAAGAAAACAAAAGAAUCGCUUUUUAGCGUUCCUGAGUCUAAGUCUCCUACCUCUGGCAGAUCAGGAGAAAACAAAGUUCUGAAGAGAAACGACUCUGGAAUAUCAACUACUUCAGCAAAACAGUACUAUUUGAAACAAUCAAGGUACAUUCCUGGUGUAAACCCUAAGAAUGUUUCCUCAGGAGCAGUCACUAAAGAAAGAAUCCAUGGUACUUGCAACAAUCCUUUGUUUUCAAAAUCAAUAGCGCCAAUUGGAGGUCUGUCUUUCAAUCAAGUCAAUGCAGAAGAAAACUUAAUUAAACCAAUUGAAAAACUCUCAUGCAAAGAAAGAGUGAAUGAAAAAUUAGAGGAUCCCAAAGGAAAUGCUGGCUUUAUUGGUGCUACUUACAAUGCUCCUGGAGGAUAUAUCCCUUCAUUUCACAAAAAAGAGGUUGGUUCAGCAGGUCAGAGGAUACAAUUGGCACCUCUUGGGCCAUCAGUUACAGAAUAUGCUUGGAAAACCAAAGCUUCUCGUGCCCAAUUGCCAGGGCCUACUUACAGCCCCGCCACAAAAGGCAUGAACAUUUUAACUCAUCCACCACCAGCGCAAUCUGUGCAUGGAAGAACUGACUGGGUAGCCAAGUACGGAGGGCAUCGGUAAAAGUACUUUCCUGCAUCACGUAUGCAUACCAUGACUAUUUAUAUCCUUUAUUUCUUUGCCUCUGGGACACUUUAAAGCAUAUUUCUACUAAUAGAAUAACAAUUCUGGAAACAUAUGAGAGCCUGUAGUUUAUUAUCUCUUAAGGGAAAAAUAUAGAAAAUAAAUACGUUUAUUUAGCAAAUAUUCUUCAAAAAUAGUGCCUCUGAGACAGGCUUUUUUUGUUUUGCUUACAUUACAAAGUAUUCUCUAUAAAGUUACUUUGCCAAAACUAAAAAUUUGCAUAUUCUUACUGAAAUGAACAGAAAUUGGUUUGCAGCCCCUUUGAUCAUUUCUUCUGAAGAACUGUCAAAAAUACGAAGGCAUGUAAAUAUAUUAGCCAUUGGACAAUCGUGGCUAAUUUAAAUAGGCAAUAAAUUAUAAAAAUAAAGAGUCACUUUCAAGAUGUGGUACUUCUAUAACGCUGAGUUGAGUAAUAAAAGCAAAAAAUUAGUAGUAGAUGAAUUUUCCACUGUAUUGCCCAACUAUAAUCAGAGAAACUAAAGCUGAACUAAUUUGAUUUGAGUUGACUUAUCCCUUUAUUUCUUUUGAUUGCAGAGAAUGAAGACAUAGUCACUAUUACUAGUAUUGUAAAAAAGUGGUGUACCCCUAAGGUUCAGUUCUAUUUUAGAUUUUGCAGGAAUAGGAUUACUCUUGUAUAUGAUUCCUGUGAAUAUACACAUGAAGGUGUUAAACCAUUUUCCUUUGAUCUGUGAACAACGUCUCUGGUUAUGAUUAUGGAACUUAUAGGCAGCAAAGAAAGGUAUUCAUCUAUGCUAUGCAUUGGUCCUGAUCCCAAGAGCUUACAGGCUAUCCUGUAUUGCAUAGAUAUAGUUAUAUACACAUAUCAACUGUUACUGUUGAUUCUGAAAUGAGGGGAACUUUUAUUUGCAGAAGUGUUUGGGAAAUAGAAACUUAAUGCAUCUGUGGAGCCAUUUGUGAAAGUUUUCCAGGGCAUUAUAUGCAGAUUUGGCCUUGCAAUUGGGAAAUAUUAUGAGUGAAUGGUAUUCAGGAAGGAUCCUUUCCUGGGAAGAAUGCCAGAUAGCAUUAUUUAACAGAAAAUAAGCAUUUGAAUAAUUACUUGUGACUUUCUAAGAAGGCAUUCUGAUGGUAUUUCAGAAAUAAUUUUUAGGUCUGAGUAACUUUGUAGCUUUGCUUUUUCCCUUAAUUUUUAGUUGAAUUUUAUCACAGAAUCAAUCAACUUAACUGUAGUGCCUUCACUUGGUAACCAGAGCUGAAUAACUCCAGAAUUCUUUUAAUUCCUAAAGGAAUUGCUUAAAAUCUGGUAAUAACUGCCAGGAUUUAUUCUUCAAACCUAAUUCUGUUGUAUAGCAUAGAUAGCAUUAUCUGGCCUAAAGACAUAUUUUGAAUGUCAUAAGUAUACAAUGGCCCAAAAUAUAUGGGAUAUUUCAAGUUGAUAUUUUAAUGAUUUCUUUAAUAUAUAAAAACUUGCUUUAUCUAACAGAAGUCACUCUUAAAACUAUGCUUUUCCAACUGCUAAAUAUAUUUGUUAUAUUGAAAUUGACAAUCCAUACUUGUUAAAAUAGCACAUAUUAUAUAUUAUUAUUCAAUUGUAAAUGUUAUUUGCAUACUGAAAAGUAUUUUAUGUAUGUUAUUUUUAAAAACUGUACACUAUUGUUGUGGAGGACAUAUUUGAUUUGAAUUAAGACUUAAGGAAGAAUGCACGUAAAUAUGCUGUCUCAAUUUCAGUAGGAUUUACUGCUAAGUGUAUUUACAUAAUGAAACCUUGAAUUAAUAAUAUAAAGGCCAAUUAUUGAAUAAUUUUUAAAGUUGCCGUUAUGUGUACAAUAUUUUAUCCCAAUACAGAAUAGCAGGAACUGACUUAUUUCAGUCUCUCAAAACUUAUAUAAUUUACUGUGUUGGAAAUGCUGUCUUAAAGGAAUCUACCUAAAAGUUUCAUAUAAAAACACCACAAAGUUGCCUUUGCAGCUGGACUGGUUUUCAACUGAAAAUAAUUUGUUUUGUAAUAAAGUGAACUUCUCAGGAACACAACAUAUUAUAGAAGUCUUCCAUCAGAAAAAGCUAUUUAUUUAUUUAUUUAUAGCUUAAUAUUUAUUUGUUUGUACAUCCUAAUUUUCUAUCCUGGUAUUUUGAAGCUGAUUGGUAGGCUAAAUAAAUAAAUAAAAAAUACAACCAACAAUUUAUUCAUAUAAAAUAUAUUUUUAUACAAAUAGAAACUAAUCUCCAGGCAGCUCAAAAGGCUGAUUGAAGAGAAAAAUCUUGAUUUUUUUUCCUCAUAAGCAGAAAAGUCAAGCAUAAAAUCUGCAAUAAUGUUUCAUAGCCUGGAACUAAUGGAAAAGCAUGUGCCUGAUGAAUUGAUUUUGGAAGUUUGUGAGGUCUUUGCUGAUCUCUAAGGCCCAGAGAGAGGUAAUUUCUCAGAUUAUCAGGCCUAAACCAUAUUAGGUUUAAGAAGUUUAAAACACCCUUUCAAUGGCACCUGGAAAUAUAUUUCAGUACACCCAAGAAUAAUCUCUGUAUCAUUAUGUGAUUAACAGCUUAACUUGAUGCCUUCUGCACUAACUCGUCUUUUUAUACACUCUUGAAAGAUAGACAUGUUAAUUAAUCCUGGUGUCUUAUAUCCCUUUGACCUAAGAUAAAGUUAAAAAUUGGUUAUGUAAAUGGGAAGAAAUUACUACAGGAUAGUUACUAUGGCAAAGAACUCUGUUGUUACUUUUUUUUUUUUGCAUAAUUUUAUUAAAACAUGAGUGUUUUCUCCAAAUAUGCCGAACAUUCGCUUUUCCUGAACUGAGGCUUUUUUCCUUAAAUAAGAGAAUUCUGUACUGAGAAAGGAGACCUUGCUUGUGCUUAAGUUAAUCUGUGCUCUUGCUCUUAUCCAAUAAAGUAUUAAUCAAAAUACAGUGCAAGUAGUCCUCAACUUAUGAUUAAUCACUUAGCACCCAUUGAAAGUUACAACAUGCCCCCGGAAAAACUACUUCUAACCUGGUUCCGAAGGCCGCCCUUCCGGCAAUCCCAUGACUGCAGUUUGGGUGUUUGGCAACCAGUCCCACAUUUAUGGCUCUAUAUGCAGCUUUACCACAGUUAACAUGACAAUAAUUUACAAUGUUGUCAAAAAUUUAUUUUUACUUCUAUUUUUUGAAAAUGCACCACGGUUAACAAUUGAUUUGCUUAAUAAUUGCUGCAAAAAAAAACAAACCCUGGUCAAAUCGGGUUGAUCACACACAAUGACCCACUUUAUCAUCACAAAUUACAACUAAAUUAGUGGUUCCAUUAUGGUUAUAAGUUAAGGACUAUCUGUAAUACUGAUUUCUGAUUUUAAAAUGCUUUUAAACACUUCACAGAAGGACAUUAUCAUAUCAUCUGACAUACAGCAAUGAAUCCUGUGUUACCUCAGUGUUUACUGUUGAAAAUCUAAGAAAGUUUGUACAAAAGUUUUUUUCCCCCUGGGUAUAUGAGAAAAGCAGAAGCCUGCAUUUUCAAACACAAUUACUUUCUAAAUAUUGGGAAAAGGAGAUUUCUUUACAAUAGAAGU